AGCAAACGAAGCGUUUAAUUUCACUGAAUGCGCCUAAGAUCGCUCUGGUCAUGAAAAUCAACGAAAAAAACCUAUACGUCUUUGCGAGAACGCCGCCCUUUGACAUUGAAGGUUUCCUAAAUAAACGCGGCGAAGUCAACAAGGCCUUCCAACGACGAUAUUUUGUGCUAAAGGGCAACUUGCUUUUCUACUUUGAAUCGAGGGUGGACAAGGAGCCACUCGGUCUAAUCAUUGUAGAGGGUUGCACCAUCGAAUUGUCCAACGAGGUGGACAACUUCUGCUUCGAGAUCGCCUUCAACGGCAACCGCACCUAUGUCCUUUCCGCCGACAACCAGGAGAGCAUGGAAAGCUGGAUGAAGGCGCUUACCUGCGCAGGCUACGAGUACAAGAGAAUCAUCCUAACCGAGCUACAGCGGCAACUGCAGGAGAUUGAGGACUCAAGAAACAAAAUGCUUAGUAAUGCUGACGGACCGCAAAUUUCCUCGGAAGGACCUAAGCCCAGGCCUCCGCCUAGGCGGACAAAUCCUUUCAACAGACCAGCCCCUCCUCCACCGGACAGUUCGCUGAGGGGCGGGGUGGUAAUGUCGCCAAUGCCUUUUAUCAAUGGGUAUUUUGGCUCCAGCAAUGCGCGCCUACAACAGGAAAAGCUUAUGGAUGCUAACGGUAACGGAAGUCCGAGUGGAACGCCUAAAGCACAUCGCCGCCCCACACCAGGGACUUCUGUCGCCACCAGCGUUUUUUAUCCUGAUGCACGAGAUCCGGGUGCGGCUAGCAACAUCCACCACAAAACCAACGCCGAGCGACAACGACGAAAGGUCAAGGCGCUAGAAGAUUUCACCCGCAACCACGAGCGUUUUAGGCAGGAACUGAUGCCAGAUGUGUCUGCCUAUCGCGAGCGCCAAGGACAGCCACUCAUACAGUUGUGAUGUAGGAGUGUUCUGUGCCAAGUUAUUGUAUUAACCGUUUUGUGAAACAUCAAAAAACCCUUUUAAUUAAUUAUGCCUACCUUAAAUAUAUUUGUUUGUUUAAUAAACGAAAAGUACGUUUAUAUAAUAUAAAA